AUGGAGCCGAGCCCAAUCUCGGUCGAGGCCACCGCCCCGAGCCUUGCGCUGCGGGGCAAGACGGCCCUGAUGGACGCUGUCGAGGACGUCUUUUACGGAUCCGUUGCCGGCGUCGUAGGCAAGUACAUCGAGUAUCCGUUCGACACCGUCAAGGUCAGGCUCCAGAGUCAACCCGAUCACCUCCCCCUCCGAUACAAGGGACCCCUCGACUGCUUCCGACAAUCCAUACAAGCCGAUGGCCUCUACGGCCUGUACCGGGGAAUCACGGCGCCGCUGGUGGGAGCCGCGCUCGAGACCAGCAGCCUGUUCCUCUUCGAGAGCAUGGGCAGAGAGGUGCUCUACAGCACCGGCCUCGCGUCCCGGGAUAAGAAGCUGUCGCUGCCGACGCUGUGGCUCACAGGCGCCUUUUCCGGCGCCUGCACCUCCUUCGUCCUGACGCCCGUCGAGCUCGUCAAGUGCAAGAUCCAAGCGCCCAUGCUGGCCGAGGGCGCAACGGUGGCGCCGCUCCGCCCGAUCUCCGUCAUCCGCGACGUAUAUCGCCACGAAGGCCUACGGGGCUUCUGGCACGGCCAGCUGGGCACCCUGAUCCGCGAGGCCGGCGGCUGCUCCGCCUGGUUCGGCGCCAAGGAGACGGUCACGGCCAUGUUUUACAACCUGCACACCCGCGCCGCCACCACCGAGGCCGAGAAGCAGUCCAUCCUUUCCAAGCCCCUGCCUAUCUGGCAGCAGGCCCUCGCCGGCGCGUCUGCCGGCGUCUCAUACAACUUCCUUUUCUUUCCGGCCGACACCAUCAAGUCGCGGAUGCAGACGGUGCCCCUCGGUGGAAUGGCGCAGAAGCGCACGUUCUGGAACGAGGGCAGGGCGCUGUGGCAGCAGCAUGGCCUCCGGGGCAUGUACCGCGGCUGUGGCAUCACCUGCCUGCGGGCGGCACCGAGCUCCGCGUUUAUUUUUAUGGUGUAUGACGGCCUUAAGCGCAACUUUCCGCUGCAAUGA